AUGGAAGAGUUUUCCGAAAUCUAUCCAUCUACCGAAUUGAACCCUACCGAGAGUAACGGCGUCAGCUUUGAACCUGACCAGCCCGUUCCGAAUGGUCUCUCGUCCGCUUUACACUGGCAAGGGCUGCCCUUGAGCCCUGGCACACCUCAGUCUGGCUACUAUCUAUAUCCCAAUCAAUACGAAAGGCCUCCUUUUCCGCAUCAGUCCUCCACCUCGUCGUCGGGAAGAGACAUUACUGGCGCUGGUGCGGGUGCGGGUGUGGCCAAGGUAGCGAUCCCUCGAGCUGCGCCGUAUAGCAUCCGUUCGCAGCGUCGCCGGUCGGCGCGAGCCUGCGAGCCUUGCAGACAGCGCAAGAUCAAGUGCGACGGCAACAAGCCGGUCUGUCGACAAUGCCAUGAGCACAAUGUCACCUGUUCCUAUCUGGAUGUGAAGCGGGUGCGCGAUCAGAAGCAGUUGGAGAUCUUGUCGCACCGAGUCAAAGAGUAUGAGAGUUUACUGCGGGACUUGGAGACGGAGGUGGACGCGAACGCUGCGCGACGCAUUAGGAGGACUCUAAAGUCAUCCAACGGCGACAAUGAGGGCGGUGCGCUAUCGGACAGUUCCAGCUCGUCGGCCGGGUCGCUCAACGCCAUCGACCUGGUCGAAGAGGAUCUGAACCGGAGCCACAAGACGCGAGCGACUGGGUAUUUUGGGAAAAACUCCGAGGUGUCCUGGAUGCAGAAGCUGGAGGACGAAGCCGAGAACCGCAGUCGCAUGUUCGACGGGAACUUCGAGACUCUGGGUCUCGAAGAGCAACAACAGCUGCAGCAGAAGAACGAUGUCCCCAUCGCGACGAUGAGCUACCACCUCGAUGAUCUGAACAUCCCGCUCAUGGACGAUGUCGACCCGUAUGACUUGCCGCCGAAGGAGCUCGCGGACCGGUUCUUCGCGGCGUACAUGGAGUCGGUGCAUCCAGGGUUCGAGGUGAUCCGGAAGACCAUCUUUGCGACCCAGUACCGACAGUUCUUUAGUCAGCCGUCCAAGCCGCCGAGACGAUGGCUGGCGAUCUUGAACAUGAUCUUUGCCUUGGGUUGCCGGUAUUGUCUCUUGUUGAACGGUACAGCCAGUGUCGGAAGCGACGAGGACUGGGACGACCUUGUCUACUUUAACCGCGCGCGGAAACUGUGUCUGGACGAGACCGCGCUCUUUGAACAUACCGACCUACAGCAGAUCCAGGUGGAGAUAUUGGUCGCCCUGUAUCUGCUAACCUUGGGCCAAAUCAACCGUGCCUCCAACUUUGCCAGCAUGGCCUUCCGCUCCGCGCUGUCGCUGGGAAUCAACCUGCGGUUUGAGGACGACCGAACGCAUCACGCGUCCAAGGAAGCCCGCAGCCGGCUGUGGUGGUCCAUCUACGUGGUUGAGCAUCUCCUGACAGCCACGACAGGACGCGCCUCCUGCGUCAGCGAAGGCCUCAGCGCCGCGCCGCUCCCCAUUCCCUUCGAAGAAGAAAACUUCGACAAACCGCACGCCCUGCAGCUCUUCCAGAACGCAGCGAUGCGGGCCAGCCAUCUCAAGCUCACCCUUUUCGAGACAGACGAAGAAGCCCAGUCGAAUGCGCAGUGGCUUGCCAGCUGCGAGCCCAGCCCCUCGCUCUUCUUCCAUUGUCUGGUCGACCUCUGCACCAUCACCCAGGCCGUCAUCAACAAGGUCUACAGUAUCCAAGGGCUCCGCGACACAGCCAGCCAACUCGAACAGCGCGUCCGCAAAUACUCCGCAAAACUGGACAUCUGGCUCGCCCAGCUACCCCCGGUCUACCGCUUCACCUCACAGCAGCAUCCACACGAUACCCUGCACCUCCCCGACGACGGCUUCAUGCGCGAACGCGUCUGCCUCGCGAUCGCCUACUACAGCGCCCGCAUCACCAUCAGCCGACCCUGCCUCUCACAUUCAAACCCCAAGUCCUCUAAGGAGCCCUUCUCAAAGGAACCCUCCUCCCCCUCCACCCCUUCCUCCCCCCCAGACGCACCCAACCCGAAAUCAACCACCCGGUCAAUGUCCACCACCACCACCACCAACGAACCCAGCAGCGGCCCGAGCAAUAGCAGCGGGCCCAACAACAGCAGCGGCACCACCAGCGGCACCACAACCAACAGCUUCCCCGGCAGCAACCGCCGCACGAACCUCUCCGCCUCCUGCCUCCGCUCCGCCUGCACCCUCAUCUCCAUCCUCCCCGAGACCCCCGACCCCGCCUGGCUCCUCCGCUUCUCCCCCUGGUGGAGCAUCCUCCACUACCUAAUGCAAGCUACCACCGCCCUCUUGCUGGGUUUGUCGUCGUCUGCCCCCCUCCCCGAGACCCCCGUCCCCAACGCCGCGAUCUUCGGCCCUGCCCCCGACACCGCGGCUGUCAUCCGCUGCACCAAGAAGUCCCUCCGCUGGCUGCAUGCCAUGGGGGCGGUUAAUGCCGCGAGUCGGAGGGCGUUCAUCCUUUGCGAUAGUUUCAUGAGGAGGAUUGCGCCCAGUAUGGGUGUUGAGGUGGGUGAUUUGCCCGAUGUGGCGGGGUUGCCUGCUUCGUCUACGCCGACUGCUGUGAAUUCGACUACUCCGAGUUUUAUGCCGGGUGGUAAUGGUAAUGGUAAUGGCAACGGUAACGGUAACGGCAAUGGAAAUGGAGGAGAGGCGUCGGAUGGCGCGUGGGGUUGA